AUGCAGCAGCUACAUCUUCUCUGCCUCAGUCUCCUGGUGCUGGGAUGUAUCCUGGAUGUGCACGGCGGGAACAACGUCCUCGACUGCUGCCUGCGGACAAAGGAGACGCCCAUUCCAUGGCGGAUAGUGCAGGAUUACCGGCUCCAGCUGGUGCAGGAUGGCUGUGACAUCCCUGCUACAGUAUUCAUCACCACAAGGGGCAAGCGCCUCUGUGCCCCGCUCCAGUCCCCGUGGGUGAUUCGUCUCCAAGAGAAGCUGGAUGCAAGCUUUGCCAGGAAGGCCAAACGCCAGGGCAAAUAGUCUCCAAAGAAGCCCAUGGCUGGUACCAACACCUCGAGUGGGACCAGCUCCCAGCUGUGAAUCUGAUGCUAAUGGAGCCAACCUGCUUCCACUUCCAGCCUCAUGGCUGACCCCCCUCAGGACUUGUGCCAGUGUGUGGGGCUGGGCAGCACCCUGUCUGCUCUCUCCCUUUCCUUCUGUCUCUUAUGUGACCCAAACACCUGUGUCAGGCUGAGCCAAGGGCUGUGGGACAACUUUGGCUUUGUAGCCUGGAAGCUGGUUGAUGGACUGAUCUGCAAGUGAGUUUGGGCAGUCUCAGACUUCCCUUCAGCACAGCAGCUGUGACCUCCAGCUCUAGUUUGAUCUGUUUGGUUUCCAUUGUCAGCCCCAAGCAUGACUCCUUCUGCAUCCCUGGAAAAGGCUGCUGGGAAUGGGACAGUGUUGGGAUGGAGGGAAUGCUGGAGAUGUUCCUCAAUGGCCAUGCACAGCUUAGAUGAACUUGGACAAUGUAUGGCCAAUGUGGUUCCUCUCUCACUCCUGACUUCCUGGCACCAUUUGCUGCCCUUCCUUGAAAGGGUAGAAAUAGAGCCAGUAACAUGGCAGCUGCAGAGCAGGCAGUGAUGUCACUCUUAGCCCCUUCUCUCCUCAGGGACAUUGAUCCCCUUCUCAGUCCCCCAGCCUGGCACCACCUUCAAACCCUGUCCCGUGCCCAUGCCUGGCCUCUCAGGUUAUUUGCUGCUAGAUCUGUUCAUUGCAACUAUUCUGUGUGUAUGCUGCUUCUUUUCUCUCUUUUUUAUUGUGCUGAGAUUUUGUUAAAUAAAAAGA